AUGAGUCUUGUUGGAGUACUUAAUAUCCGAUAAAUUCUCCCUGCUGAUCAUGCUAUUCAUAAACCUUUUGAUUUUUCUUCUAACUAUGCUCAGUUCACACGGCACCGCGUCCAUUUGCCUCUAUCGCGUAGUCUGCUGGCGGAUCGAGCAAUGCGAAAUCGAGCCUAUGCCAAGGCACUCUACUAUCAGGAACAAGAGUUUCUGGAGGCCGUAGAAAAGCGUUCAGCCGGUCCAAGUCCCGCCACUUUGUCGGCUCUUCUUACGAUUAACAAUUGCCUUCAACUGGACGAGGCCGCUAAUGGAGUGCUGGUGUAUGCGAUGCGAAACCCUCGUGACCAACUAGUGGGUCAGAUGUAG